CGGCGUAUAGUCUUGGAAGCGACUCGAGAGUAUUUUCAUCGCGACAGUACAACACGUGCGCCCGGCCGGUAAGCCGCGCGACUUCGCUUCCUUUCCGUGUUUAUCAAUACGCCGCAAAAUGUGUCUAACGCGUAACCGUGGACCACCAUCUUUCGACGUCUCGUCGUAAUCGGUAUCCCCAUUCCAUUUUUUUUAUUCUUGCCAGCCGAUAUCGAAGGGUUAUAAGGGAAUUACAAGGCGUACGUCGACUGAGGCCAUGACUGAGGCCGCCAGCUGAUUAUCCUCGUCCACGCGAUGGCAAUAUGGCGAACAUCAAGGUGGCAGUCCGUGUAAGACCGAUUUCCGCCAGAGAGUCGAAUUUAACGGGGUCAGAGGUGGUCGUCCACACAGAAUCGAACGAGAUCUCGUUAACGAACUUGAAAGUAUCUUCGAGCAAAGCCGGAGACAGCCGAGAGAGGAUUCGAAAAUAUGGUUUCGAUUAUUGCUUCGACUCGUCGAAUCCAGUUGCGCAGAAUUUCGCGGACCAGGCAAGCAUUUACCAAACACUUGGCAGGACUGUUCUGGACAACGUUUUCACCGGCUAUAAUUCCUGCCUGGUGGCGUACGGGCAAAGCGCAUCCGGGAAAACUUACACCAUGAUGGGGACCAAGGAAGAUCCGGGGCUCACGCCACGCCUUUGCGAGGGACUUUUCGCGAGGAUCGAGGAGGAGAGGAAGAACGAGAGAAAUUAUGGGGUUUCUGUCAGUUACUUGGAGAUAUACAACGAGAGGGUGAGAGAUCUUUUGAAGCCGUCCUCGAGCACGGGAGGAUUGAGAGUUCGCGAGCAUCCUCGACUCGGCCCUUAUGUUCAAGGUUUGACCCAUCACGUGGUGCGCACCCUGGGCUCGUUGAUGUCCUGCGUGGAGGAGGGUACGAGGGCACGGAAGACAGCGUCCACGUUGCAGAACCCGAGCAGCAGCCGCAGCCACGCUCUGCUCACGAUCGUGGUCGCGGAGGGGUCGGCGAGCGAAGCGUCCUCGAGGGCGAGGAGGGCAUCUCGCGGCGGCAGCAAGCUACGACUGGUCGAUCUGGCGGGAAGCGAGAGCGCGGCUACGUGCGCUGGCGUUCAUCGGCUGAAGGAGGGCGCGAAUAUAAACAAGAGUCUAGUGGCGCUGGGGAACGUAAUAUCGGCCCUUGCGGAGAGAGGCACGAGCCCAGGAAGUGGCCCAGGCAGGAGGUUCAUCCCUUAUAGAGAUUCUUCGCUUACUUGGCUGUUGAAGGACGCACUUGGCGGGAAUGCCACUACCAUUAUGCUCGCCACUAUCUCGCCAGCGAGCGGAAGUUACAACGAGACGGCCCGCACGUUGCGAUUCGCGCAGAGGGCGCAGAGCGUGGUCAAUCGGCCGAUGGUCAACGAGGAUCCGGUGGCGAGGAUCGUUCGUGAGCUCAGGGCAGAGGUGGCCAGGCUGAAAUCCUUGCUUCUGGAAAAGAACACGAAGGAUCCGGACACGAAGGUGUUGUGCCGUUGCAGGAAGGGAAUUCGAGAAGAGUUGAUCGGCACGGAGGGAGUUGGAUCGUGCGAACGAAAUUCGAGGGGGCAGGAGGGGGGGAUAGGAUCGAUGGCGAAGGAGGGGAAGAGGCGGAAGGCCGUCCCUCUUCAAAGAUCCAAUUCCACGGACACCGUGGCCACGUACCACCAACUCGUCCCCUGCUCGACGGGGAGGAGAUUCGGUUCCUUGGAAUUUUUCGAGAGCGAUCGUUUCGCGGCCGGCUAUAACCGAGCUCGAGUGACGGAGUUGAAGGAGGAGGAGGGGGCUGGGGAGGAAGUGAGCGAGAUCCACGAAUCCGUGUUCGUCGACAUACCUACCUUGGUCGCCGUCCUGAUCAAACCUGACAAUAACCCCGACGAAUCCUCGGUGCGGAUCGAGGAGAUCUACUCGGACGAGGUUGUGGACGAAUCGUCGAACGACGUCGAAUUCAUCGAAGGCGAUCGAUCGUACGAGAGACAGGAUUCGCGCGACAACAACGACAUAUAUAAUGUGAACGCGUAUUCCUGCCCGAGAACGGGACAACAGGUGGACAAGCCCAGGGAGAGGAAGCGAAAGUUUCGCAAGCAGGACUCGGUGGACGCGAUCCCCUCCCUCACGAAUUUGCACGCGUCGAGGAAGUUCGGCUCGGUGGAGGCGAUCCAGAGGAGGGAUCACCCCGCGUUCUCGUUCGAGAGGUCUUACACGAGCUUGGAGAAGCCGCUGCGCCCCGCCUCCUCCACGAUUCCCGAUCGCGUCGCGAAAAAGUUGAACGACAUCCGGGAGGUGGAGGAUCGAAGGAAGAGGAACUCGAGCGGGGUAGGUAAGAGCAACGAGCGGCUCGAGCGUAAAGGGAGCAACGACUCGGAUAAAAGUGCGAAGACGGAGAUGUGCGGCGCGAACCAAUCGAACAGGGCGAGAAGCUACGGGGGGAAGCCCAGUUUGGAGAGCUUGAGGCGGAAGAGCAGCAAGGACAGCAGUUCGAGCAGCUCGAAGGACGAGCAGAUCUCGACGAUUUCCACGGGUCGGGGUGACAAGUCGUCGAGCAGGAAGAAUUCACUGGAGCAGGACUCGUCCUCGAUCCUCAAGAAUCACACCCCUAUACAAAGGGUGAAACGCGCCGAGAUCGUGGCCGCGGUCACGGAGAGGUUGUACUCGAGCAAGAGGGGCGCGGAGGAUUCGCCGGGGAUGCGCUCACCGACGGGGGAAGGGACCGCCGACGGAGCGACGAAAUCCCUGGCUAGAUUGAAACUGCAGGAGAUCUCGAGGAAGAUGCUGGGCAAGCGCAGACGGGUGAGCGUGGACACGCAGACCGAUUGCUCGAGGACCGUUCGGAUGAGGGACACGGCUUCCCUCACGGAAACCGAGCCGAUCGCUCGUCGCGACGUCGCGAUCUCGACCGAUCACCGCCAAGUUUGCGAGUACAGAUCGGACAAGGGAUUCGGGCCCGUGUUGAGGGUGAAGGAAAUGGCCACCUCGACCGAUAAACCGAGGACGGUGGUCAGCGUGGUCAGGUGCAGGGACGUGGGCAGCUCGGCGACCGAUCUCGAGGAUUGCGAUUACGGGGUGGUACACUCGCCGCGAAACGAUUCCGGUAUACUGUCGGACGACGGCCAGAAUUAUUACGCGGGGAGCAGCAAUAAUCCGAGCAGCGUGGACGUGUCAGAUUUUUGCCAAGAGGGGCAGAGGGGGAGGGGGACGUGCACCGAAAGUUCCACCAAUACCAGCUCGUUCUCCUCCACGUGUCGAAGUUUCGCGGUGCAGACGUUGCCACGACUCGACCAACCUGCUUGCCCCCAACCUGCUUGCUCGAGGCGGUGUUGCGCGGCACCCGUACAACACCACCAAUCCGGGGAGAGGAGCGUCAUCUCCAUAUCAUUGCCCGACUCGGUGAGCAUCACGAUCGAGAGCGCGAGUCGGGGAUCGAGGAUCUCGACUACGGGGAAGGACGCAACCAAGGACGAGAGCGCGCAAACGAAAGCACGGCUGGACGAAGAGGAGACGUUGUCGCCGACGUUGUCUCGUUCGAGGGAUCGGACCGUGUCGACGCCCAGCCAGACCGACGGCAAGGUGUUCAGGAUCGAGAACAUAUUUCACGAUCCUAACAACGCUGUUGAGAGGAGUUAUUCUUCUGGCUCGAAGAGUAGUCCUCGAGGAGCGGGGGGCGAGGAGCGGGUUCCAAGGAAUUCCAUUACCUUGAGGAAUUCCCUUGGGACGUCACACGUGUCCCAAGGGGAGGAGACGGGGCACGAGCUCGAAGGAUUCGUCAGAGACGGUUUGAUCACCGAGGCGUUCAUCAACCGGAAGCGAGAGAGUUUCACCUCGAGGAGGCGAGGACGCUCCCUCCAGGAUCCGUCGAAGAACGAAGUUUCGAUCGACGCGCAUUCGAAGGAAACGGUGGCUCCGCCGUCGUUUUGGCAACUGGAGAUCGGGGGAAGUCCGUUCAAAACGUGUCGUGACGUGGCGUCUUUUCGCUCUGGAUCGAACGAUAAUCACGAUAAUCACGGCUUCUCGGACGACAGUUUGGAUUAUAACGAGAGCAAUGGCGACGAUCCGACGACGUCGUUGCUGAAGGUUAAGCAGGGGAUGGGGCGAGAGAGGGAGGAGAGUUUUUGCCCGCCCGACGUGGUGGCGCACACAAAGAAGAAUUGCCCGAAAUCGAUCGAAGCGGAUCCCAAGAACGAGCCCGUUGCCGAUUUCGAACGCGAUCGAGGGGAAUUCCCGACGAGGAAUCCCGAAAUCGUCACCAAUGCCCACGGCCACGAGUCCCUCACGAUUUUUGGUGGCAAACCGUUUCGUAACUACGGGGGGGAGAUGGACGAAUCCGACGUUUCCCCGAGCAAUUCCGGAAGGAAGAAGAAGGUAUCCUUCUCGAGUUCCACCACCGUUUCCGAGAAGAGGUUCGACUCGAUCGGAGUCCUGAAGUCGAUCAUCAAGAGGAGAAGGAGGAGGAACGCGGCGGCCGACGAGUCCUUGAAAUCCUUCAACCCUGUCCUCUAUUCCUCGAACGAGGAGACCGAGGACUCUCGGCAAGAGGGGAGGGGAGGGUUAAUAUCGAAGGGUGGUUGGAGAGAGGAGACACGAUCGGGCAGCUCAGAGGAGGGCAAAGAGGACGAGGGAGAGUUCGAGGAAGAGGAAAGUUCGAGGAAGAAUCGCAGGAGAUUCUUCGCGGACGAGUCAUCGUGUAGCGAGUCGGAGAGUUACGAGAACGUGGAGGAGGAAGAGGAGGAGGAGGAGGAGGAGGAGGAGGAGGAGGAGGGUAGAAACGUUCUCGAGGAAUAUCUGAGCGAGGCGGUGACGUUGAUGCGAAAUCUCAACUCCGGGACGAGCGCGUGUCGCGCGUCGAUGGCGCAUCGGGGCCGAAGCGGGACCCCUUCUUCCUCUUGGGAUCGCUCGAAAUUCACGAUCGAUCGCCGAGGCGUGGAGAACCCGCCACGGAUCGGCGACUUCUCGAUCGACGCGUCGACGGAGAUCUCGUACGAGAGGUGCGUGAAGGGUAUCCAGAGGCUGGAAGACUGCAUACGAAGGAUCGACAGGCACAACGAGUUGCUGAAGGAGAAGUACGGGGUCGAUUGCGAAUCUGCUGGCUCUAGACCGGAUCUAGCGAAUCCCAGCACGGAUUCUCAUCGAGCAUCCAACGACGAGGACGACGACGACGAAGAAUCGAAAGUUCUGAACGGGACUAGGGAAGUUGGUUCGAAAAGUAGCUCCAGCGUCGCGGAACGCAAGGACGAUUUGGAGAGGAAGAUCUUCGAUCAAUUGAUGAACGUCGCCAAUUCCAUCCGAUAUCGACGUCCCAACGUUGGACUCGAAACGUCCAAGAGUCCCACCAAUGCCAAAUUUCGCGAGACCAAAGAAACGCGCCACGGAGAGGUUAGGGGAAAUCUCGAGGAGACGGCCUGGAACGACUUGGAUCGCCAAGACUUCGCCACCUACGAAAUUACGGGGAACGUGUCCGUGGGCAGGACGUGCCGUUUCAUGCCGGACAGGAACAGCGACGUGGAUUGCAACGAUUUGGACGAGUUGCCUUCGAGAAGGACGUUCGAUCGUUCUUCUCGAUCCAGGGAUCGCGCGAUUUUCGGCGAGCUCGCGCACGACGACGAGGACGACGAGCUCGAGCUCUGGAGCACGAGCAGCUACGAUUUUCCUACGAAACGCGAGGCGAGGGCGAGAAAUUGGGGAAGGAGCGUAGGAGGAAAUUCUCCCGUGCAAGGGUGGAAAAGAUUUCGAGAAACGGACGAUUGUUCGCGAUGGGGGGCCAGGGACGUGGCGCAGGGGUGCAGGGGGUGCACGCGCGGUUCGAGAGAUCGGUCGGAUAUCGAGGCCGGUGUCGAAGCGAGGGACAAAUUGAGAUAUCCGACGAGUCCAAGGGCGAGAUUUCUCGAGCUCUUGCGGGAGAGGCGGCGGAUCGUGGAGUGCUGCCGUGGCGCCAGUGCCUCUUGAACGAAGCGCCCCCCUCUUUACACCGAAUUGUAAAAUUGUAUUUUUCUAUUUUAUUAACGCGGGGCGAACCAUUUCGCCCUAUUUUGUAAAUAUAAUUCGGAUCUUUUGUAAACCCCCUCCCUGCAACGACGGAUUUAACUUAUUCAUCUUCUGGAACAUUAUGUAUCCUGGAGUGGAACAACUCCAAGCAAUUCGUCCCCAAGUAAUUCUUAAUAUUAAAUUACAUUCUGUAAAAAAAGAGGAAAAAGAGAGAAAGAAAGAAAAGACGUGCUUUUUAAUUCGGCUUGAUAAUUCGAAAAAAUAUUUAUACACCGCCUUUCUCAAUUAUACGCGUAUAAUAUAUAUCUCUUUAUCGUUUUAUUUAAAAAUUAAACGGAAAGAUUUUCCUUAUUCGUCUCCUCGUAUCCAACGCGUGUUCCAUUACGAAAACGGUAGGAGGAAAUAAUUUAUACGUACUCGAAAAUAACGUAAUUUAUCGCGAAGCGAUUUCUUUCAAAGGGAGGGGGAAAGGGAGUUUAAAACUGUCACGACGAAAUUAUCAUAUCCAAUGGGAUCUCUUUUACACCUCGUCGAAAUAUUUCGUCCGCUUAAGAAAUUGAAAUACGCAGUUGAAAAAUAAACAAAGGAGAUAUACCGGACAGGAUAUUAUAAGAAGAAUGUA